AUUUCAUUGUGAUCCAACUCUACCCUAAAAGGGGAGUGGGGGUUAGUUUGAGAAAAUGAUGUAAGAACAGAUGGGCAAUGAGUCACAAACUUUAUCCAAAAGCCAAAAAAAUACAGAGUUGAAUUGGCCACUCCUUUGCCACUCACUCCUCAUUUCUCAAGGCUCCAAGCUAAAAUCCAAAACAUAUUUUCGCAGUUCCACCAAAUUCACCAAAAAAAAAAAAUCAGUUGAUCAAUCCUCUGGGUUUCUUAUGCCAUUAAUUUUGGAGAGCAUUUCAAGAGUCUUUGUCUCAGUUUAUUUAUCCUUUCAUUGUGAUUUUAUUUUUAAAUAAUCAAUUAAUUAAUCUUGAAAUUCUCUGCUGAUAUAUACUCCGUAUAUUACUGAGCUGUUAUUUUGUUGUUUUCUUGAUUGGGUACAAGUAAUCAUUAUCUUGUUCUUCUUCUUCCUCCCAUUUUUUUUUCCAGUUGGAUUUUUCUCUGUACGGCAGUUAAAGUUGGAUUCUUCUACAGCUGAUUUGAGUGUGAAGGCCUCAUUAAUCUGGCACCCAAUGUAUUUGAAGUGAUUGAUGCUUGAAUGUUUUAGUACUGAGUAGCCAUAAUUUACUCCCUCCUUCCGGAUUUAGUCGUCCACAAUAAAACCCGGACUGAAACCAAGAUUUGUCCAAGAUGGAGAUGGAAGAGGUACAGAAGAUUACUGUGAUCAAACCAGUAGCGACAAGGCCGAGCUGUUUUGCCUAUAAGCCAUUCGCUGAACUUCUUUCUGGUGCAAUGAAUGGACCGUCCAACCGUGGGUGCUCCCGGACACCCGCCAUCCGACCAAAGACAAUAAGACUGAAAUCCGCCGGAAUCCAUAACAGUAUUGGAAAGGCUGAGCCAAUGGGCAUCUCAGUUUCCUCUUCUGGUGUCAACAUCUUGAAAAUAGAUGACAUACCAACCAUCAUAUACAAACCCACUGCAAAGCUACCUCCCGCGACAACCGUUCCUCACAACUUUAAUAUGAAAAGUUGCGCGCAUAAUCAGCAAAAAGAAGCAGGAGAUGAGUCAAAAAGAGUCAAAUCAUAUGAACACUCGAGGAUGACAUCAUCAUCACAGAACAAUGUAGAAGAGGAUGAGCGGUCAUUGCUUCAUCAGAGCAGUAGUGCGGACUACCUUUCAAACGACGGGUAUAAUUGGAGGAAAUACGGGCAGAAGCAAGUUAAGGGAAGUGAGUACCCGAGAAGUUACUAUAAGUGUACGCAUCCAAAGUGCCCGGUGAAGAAGAAGGUCGAAAGAUUAUUAGUGGAUGAUGAGAUUGCAGAAAUUGUGUACAAUGGGGAGCAUAUCCAUCCUAAGCCAUGCCUUCCAAGUCCAAGGUACAACAGCUUGAGAGAUGGAGUACAACCACAUUCCAAUGAUAGCGUCUUGUGGAGUGAGCAAAUUACUCCUCUACAAAAUGAAGAUAAACUUAGCUCCAAGUUCUCUAGUAGAACUCCUCCACCACUCUUUGGUGCCUUUUCUACUUUGGGAAAAUCUUGUGGUCCAAGCGGGAGGUGCGGAGAAGGAAGUCAAGGAUUGUUGGAAGCAGUAGGUGAUGACGAUGAUGAUCCGAAAGGAAAAAGAAGGAAAAGUAGGAGGGAAGCGAAGGAUGGAGGAAUUUUGAUGCAGGCUGGUAUUGGGAAUAUGACAGAUUCUGAAGCCACCGGAGACGGAUACCGGUGGCGAAAGUAUGGUCAGAAGGUAGUCAAAGGGAACACAUACCCCAGGAGUUACUACAGAUGCACGAAUCCAAAGUGCAGUGUGAGGAAAUAUGUAGAGAGAGCAACCGAUGAUCCCAAAUCCUUCAUCACAACGUAUGAGGGAAAACACAACCAUGACGCUCCUACCAGAAGAAACCCCAAACCAUGAAACAUCUCCCCAAGACUUGGGAAGCUUUUUGGUGCAUUAGUUAAUUCACAAACAAUGUUUUCUUUGUCACAUGUACACCACGGUUUGUAUCAAGGUUUGCACGUACACUAUUUUUGUUCUUGCAGACACGCUAGCUAUGUUUGUGGGUACAGUGGCGUGUCUGUGUGAACAAAAAUAGAUGUCUGAUGUAGGCCUUCAUUUAAACAAUAGGAGCAUAUAAUUUUACUCCCAUUGCUGUUAAAUUAUACUCAUGGAAGCCCAUUUUCCUCUGCUAGAGACUGUCUUUAA